UGACAUUUUAAUGGUUUCAUUAGACACAAACCAAAAAAUAAAAAAGAAGAAAAGAUCAUCAAAUCAAAUGGAAGUUUAUGCUUGGCACAAAGUAGCUGCUAUCUCUGGAGUAGCAGCACUUGGGUUAGGCACUUAUGGUGCUCAUUUGUUCAAGCCUCAAAAUCCUGCUUACAAGGAGGUAUGGCAAACAGCAUCUUUAUACCAUCUUGUUCAUACUGCUGCUCUGCUUGCUGCCCCUAUUACUAAACGUCCCAAUAUAUUUGGUGGCCUUUUGACUGGUGGGAUUCUUGCAUUCUCUGGGACGUGUUAUACUGUUGCCUUACUUGAGGACAGAAAAUAUGCUACCUUGGCUCCAUUUGGUGGUUUUGCAUUCAUUGCUGCUUGGGCAAGCUUACUUAUCUGAGGGUACCAAUUGCUGAAAUAGAGUUCUUUCAUGUAAAAUAUCUUCUGAAACUUCAAAAACUUUAUAUUGAUAAUAUAUUCUUGUAAAAAAUAUUGUUUCGUUAUUUUCAGUUCGGCAUUUUUUGUUUUGAUA